AUGGCGACGACAGCCCUGCAGGCCUCCAAUGCCUUUCAGCGGCUCUCACCCCGCUCGCCCGCACCCGCACGGCGGCUGAUAGUCCUGCUGCUGCUGUUGGCGUUGCUAGUGCUCGUGUGCGGGAGCAGAGGCGGCGAGGGGCUGGGGGAGGAAGGGGGCGAGGGGAAAUCGGAAGAGCAGCAGGAUGCGGAUGAGGAUGAGGAGGAGGAGGCUCGGCGCGCAACGAUAGGGCUGUUGGCGCACGGGUGGAACGACGUGCGCGAGUGGCGCGCGGCGCUGGUGAAGGGCGUGGAGUACGUCAAAAUCGACUUUUCCUGGAUGCCGCCCGCAAGGUGCAAACUGCAGGUGGGGCCGCACUGGCAGUACAACCCACAUGGCUGCUUCGGAUUGGUGCACUCGCUGACGUGGCUCAGCCGCCAGCUCAACACCAGCGAUGACGUCAUCGCGUUCCUCCGUGACCCGGCCAAUCGCGGGCUUCUGACGUAUCCGCGCCCACGGCUCUACAUCCAGCUGUGCCCCAAGAACCGUCCACUCCUCUGCACCACCAAUCACACCCGCGCUGCCAUGUCAGCUCAAGUCACCAGUCAUGAUUUGCCACGUGGCGACGUUGCUGAAGAGAAGGCCAUCAGAAUGCGCCCCACGGUGCCACGUGGCAGCAGCACGAGAGUGCUGAGAGGGAUGGCACGUGGUACAGAUUUAUCCAGUAAAAACAACACCGCCAAUGCAGGCGCAUCUGGUGCAUCUGGGACAGGUGCAUCUGAGACAGGCGAAUCUGGUGCAGGUACAUCUGCAGCGAGCAGGGCAAGGCAGGGGGGAGACGGCAUAAGGUGGGGGGACGAGGCAGUGCGGCAGUGGAUGAGGCUGUUUGACGACUUCUUCCUGCGCGCCUCUACCGCCCUGCAAGAGCUCCACCUCAACACCGAGUUCUUCCUCAACGACAUGGGUGGAAAGUGUGUGGCGCAGCGGUGGCGACCGUGGGUGAUAGCAUGGGACGACAACGACCUCACCAGCCGCCCCGCCACCACCAACGACCCGCAUGAUGCCUCCGACCGCUUCCAGGUGCUCAACCAUGACGCCACAUUCACCUGGUGGGCGGCAGCAGCGCAGCAGCAGUUCAUGAAGUUCAAGGACUCGCCCUAUGCCCUCGUGCUCUACGAGCCUCAGGACGAGAGGGCAUUUGCCAUGUUUGCAGACGUGUACCUCUCAGCCAACCUCACCCACACGCCCGGAUUCCGCUUCGCCUCCAACAUCGACCCCAUCAUGUUCCGCCUCUUCACCGCGCCCUCCUCCCACCUCGCCACCCACGCUCCCUACGCUGAUGACGUCGCCUCGCCGCCUCCCCCCUUCUCUCGUCCUGCCGUGGCCGUCAUUCCACUGCCCGCCAACUCCACGAGAUAUGGUGUGGCUUGGCAUAACUUUUCCUCCUCCUCCUCCUCCUCCUCCUCCUCCUCCUCCUCCUCCUCCUCCUCCUCCUCCUCCUCCUCCUCCUCCUCCUCCUCCUCCUCCUCCUCCUCCUCCUCCUCCUCCUCCUCCUCCUCUUCCUCCUCCUCGCACUCCUUUGCCAUCCUAACCAUCCAUUGGCUACCAGACAGCCCACUGGACCCGCCCUCCUCCCCUGUCUACACUGUUCAAAUCGCCCCAUCCCUCCCUGCCGCCCACCCGCCUGAAACAGUGAUCAACAGCAACCCACUGCCGGGCGGGGAACUUCUGUCUGCUUGUGAGGUGGAAAGUGGAAAGGGGGGUAGAGCUGAUCGCAAGGGGGGAGAGACUCAAACUGGACAGGUGGGGUCUGAGCAGGUGGGAUCUGGGCGGGUGGCAUCUGUGAGUGUGUUAGACCUGCUGUACGGCAUGACAGUGGCUGUCAGAGAUGGCACGUUUCAGGGAGGAGGGGCAGGAGGAGAUGGGAUGGGAGAGGGAAGUAGGAGGAGGAGGACGGGUGUGGACGGGGUUGUGCUGGUAGCCAGUGAUGCGUGUGGCGGCCAUAUCCUCCUGUGGCUCGCUUAUGACUCGCUAGCUCUCACUCUUAUAUCGAGGAUAGACCUUCCAGAGCGUAUGCCGCAGCAGGCUGGCAGUAGCACGCAGCUUUCCUCAGUCGCGUGGAGCACUGUUGGUCUGGAGGGACCAGCUUCUAACGAGGAUGGGGAGAUUAGCAGUAAACAGCAGCAGCGGCAGCAGCAGCAGCAGCAAGGGAAGAGCCCAAAGCAUGGGGAGGAUGAGGAGAGGGGAGUGGAUGGGUCUGGAGUGGUGGUGGUGGGUGUAGAGGCGUACAUUCCAAGUGGUAACCACCUUCUUGAUGACUCCACAAAAGCAAGUGGUGGAGAUGGGCAGAGGGCAGACGAAGAAGCAAGCAGGCACAGCAAGGGUGGAGGGGAGAGGGGGAGCAGCAAGGGUCAAUCAUGUGGGCUCAUGGGUCGGGUGCUAGUCUGCUCUCUGCCUCCUCUCCCUGCUCAUCACGCUUCCAACUCCCCAGCGGAUAAUAAUGGCCCACUAGUGUUUGUGCACCACGUGCAGCUCUGCCUACCCACGCACUCCCUCCUGCACGCCGCUCAGCAGUUGGCCAAGGGGGGCACGGAGAAUGACAAGGCGGUGGGAGAGGCAGAGGCAGAGGCAGAGAGUGCCCCCCCUGAGCCACCCGCUCAUAUUCAAGUGCAGGUCACCCCACCUCCUCUUGCCAACCCCGUGCCCUUCGCACGCGGCUCCAUGCCAGCUGUCAGCAUGGCAUUGGCUGCCGGGAAGCGGGUUGUGGGCGAAGAGAGGGAGGGGGAGGAAGGGGACGCGCGGGUGCUGCUGAUACACACGGAUGCCUUCUGCUGGAACUCCUUCGCCCGCCACGACACCCCACUGGGCUCCCCUCAGGUGUGUGACCUGCCGCGCACCAUAUUCGGGGCGUCUCAACCAGGCAUCCUGGCAUACACUUACGGCCGCCUCUCCACCCUCCACUCCCGCCUCUCCGCCACACACGCCUCCUCCACCUCCACGCUAUCCACCACAACCUCCAACUCACCGCCAUCCAAUGCCAUGGUGGCAUCGGCGUGUGACAGCGCUCUGCUGCACGGCACGUACGACCAGGGCGCAGGUGCUCCCGCUGCUGCCCUGCUGCUGCUCCCCCGUGCCAGCACCCGCGCCCACCACGUUGGGGAGAGGACAGGAGGGGAGAAGGACGAGGGAGAGGAGGAGCAGGGGGAGGAGCACGGGGAGGAGGAGGAAGGGGAGGAGGCAGGGGAGGUGGUGGCAGUGGCGGUGGCGGUGCACAAGGGGCUGGCGAGGGGGGGCUUGAACAAUUGUGGAGACCCCUUACCCGCACCGGGACUGGUGCUGGAUGUGUGGGGCAUGCCACCACUGCUGGACUGA